GCAAGUUUGGCGCGAUCGUUUUCGGCGACUUUGCAAACGUGCCGGGCUCACCGGUUCGGUCUCGCUGAGACAAACAAAUCGGACCUUAUUCCGUGUCCGCUAUGCGUCAACCAGUAACCCGCGUUUGACCCAGUUAUUAUUCCCCCAUCCGAUCGACCUGUCAUUCUAGCGCCCGUGGAAGGCGUGGUUCCGUGCCAGUGCCGCGCGGCUGAAAUUCUUUCAUUGAUAUUCAGUUGCGUGUCCCGCGGAGGAGAAGCGCAGUGAACCCGAGCGUGCGAUGAGGCUGAGACAAAGACGGACCAGGAGGGAACACAGAUAAACCUCUGGGAUAGCCACACUGGUUUUGGAAAACCAAGAACUGAAGUCCCUCAUUCUGUUUCAUAAUGGGAACUGUCCCUAACCCCAAAAGGACUGUUACUGUUCAAAUGGUCCCACAACUGUCCGAUACAGAUACCUCUGGGAACAAAGAGGAAAAGUCCAAAUGGGACCAGGAAUCGAACUUAAACUUGAACUGGGAUUGCUCUUCUGCCCAGAAAACAAAUCCAGACCAGGAUAAUAUCCAUCUCAAGGCCUCCAGAAAAGGUUCUGCACAUGUCUUAGAAGGGGGAUCCAAGUCUCCAAUGUCUGAAGGUGGAGGUCACAAAACCCCCGAGACCCAGGAACAUCAGACAAACCCGGAGCUUGACCUGGAUGUGUAUGGGGCUGAGAAAAGGCGGGAGGAUAGCAGUGCUAGUUCACUACCGCUGCCAUGCCUUCCUGCCAGUGUGACCAGCCCGCCAUCUCUAGUUAUGUCACCAAAAGCAAAGGAAACACAUGACAAAGUUUCUAAAACAGAAACCGAAGAGGUGAAGCCUGAGCCCAAAGUAGCAAGAAGGCCAUCGCUGGUGGAAACCAAGACAUGUACGGACGCAGCGCACAGUCCAAAGCCAAGCGGCACUAUUCAGCCCAACUUCACAGUCCCUACAGGGGCUUUGCUCCAACACAAUGCUCUGAGCAGCACCAGGAACUCAACCAAAAACACUUCCCAUUUAUCCGAAGUUAAGGAUUCCGGCUACAUUAUGAGCUCAGACGGAGAUUUGACCUCCAGCUUGGGUCUGAUGGAGCAAGUACCCAGCCUGGCCAGAAAAGCCCAAGGGACAGUUACCUCCAGUGGGUCUAAAUCUCAGGUUUCUAAUCCAGCUGAGGCCUCUCAGGCAAUGUACAAUGCAGAGAAACCUGAGACAGAUGUUAUUGUUUUACAACAAAACCAGAAACCGCCCACACCCAUUACAGAGAACGACUCUGAACCCAUAGUGAUCUCGCCAGCUUCUCUUGCCAAUAUUCCAGACCCAGUAGACAGAACUCCGCUCUCCCUGGACAGCACGACUUGCUCCUCUCACACUCAAGUGACUGAUGAGGCAAUCCAAACACAGGGAGGUGCCUCCGAAGAGAAAGAGAAGAAACACUGCAAGAUGUACCGCGAGGCAUCCACCAUGACACUGCCAGCAGACUGUGGCGAUUUACCCUGCCAACUACAUCACGACGUGGAGGUGCAGGCUGUGGCUACAGUCUGCAGUCGAGCUGUGGAAACCAGCCCCUGGCUUUUCCCACACCCACCCAGCCAGACACUCACGCCUCCUCCGACGGAGGGAGAGAAGCUGGCAGUGGUGUACAGGAUGGCCAGUGCGGAGGUGCCUUCGCUUGUCCCUUCACAGAUUCUGAUGGGAACUACAGCUAGUGUGUGUGGUCACACCAUCAUACCAAUACGGAAGGACGUUGCUCAGGUUGACAGUGUUCUGGUGCACACAGAUGCAGCCUUACAGCAGGAGUCCAUGCUUGGCGCUAAGCCCAAAGAACCUGGACCUCCUCUGUCAAAUCCCCAGAAAGGAUAUUCCCUUCUUCAACCAGUUUACCAGAUCAACAUUGAGACAUGCAGCCAAAACAAGCCUGUGACCGAUGCUGGCUGCCAGGGUCCAAGUGAGCCAGCCAAUGACUCCGUGAGACAGGACCUCUGUGGGUCUCCGGCCACAACAUCUGUUCUCUGUCACGCAGCUGGUCAGUCUGAGCAUCCGGCCGUGGUUCCUGCUGCUAAAUCCGCUCUAUUGCGCACCGACCCCCAGCCGGCACCGGCAACUGCUUGUGUGACGACCAGUGAAACCAAAGGUGCAAAAAUCCCUCCUGCUGCAUCGUCGAGCUCCACGCCCGCAGGCAGGAAGAAGUCAAACAAAAACACAAAGCAGGGCAGUGCCGUGCUGGAAGGAGGAGAAGAGAAGAAGAGGGUGCAAGAGAAGGCAGCCAUGCAGACAAGGAGCGUCCAGGACGUGGCGUGGGACGAGCAGGGCAUGACGUGGGAGGUGUACGGAGCCUCACUGGACCCCGAGUCACUGGGCUUCGCUAUCCAGAGUCACCUUCAGUGCAAAAUUAAGGAGCACGAGAAGAAGGUCGUUGCUCGGGCAGCGCUCAGGAAAUCCGUGCCAGGCGGUGUGGCGAACUCGCCGUCGGGAAGAAGGAAGAAACGAAGACAGGCUAACGUCUUCAGGUCCAUGUUCCAAAACGUCCGACGACCCAACUGUUGUGUGCGCCCACCGCCCUCGUCCGUGUUGGAGUGAGAACGGCAGAUCAGUCAUGCUCUCACAUUCAGGGUCCAGUUACGGAAUAUUCCCUGAGGCUGUUUCAGCACAAAGCAUGAUGGAACUACCCCCAUUUUUGAUGAGGAAUGCGCAGUAUUUCAAAUCUGUUGGUAAUAUGAGUGUUAGAAGGUGUUAUUAGAGAAAAUAUUUUUAGAAAAAACUCACUAUGUUGGCAGUAAAGUUAUAACAGUAUUUAAAGUGAUAUGGCAAUAAUGAAACUCAAUAUACCGAUGAGGAUGGAACCUCCUGUAUUUAGUUGUAUGCAUGUAUAUUUGUUCCAAUGGCCGUAUUAUAGUCUCCCAUUGUGGGAUCCACAGUUCUGCACUGCACUGAUUAUCAGAUGAAAUACCACCAUUGAACUUUUUACAAAACUUUGUGAAGUUGAAUCAGAUCCAUUAUUGUGCUCUCAGUACACUAAAAGUGUUUGGUGAAUAUUUGAUUGACAUUUUUGUGUUGGUUCCUUUUACGUAUAACAUGCAUUAAUUGAGUUUGUUUCUGAAGUUUUAUAGAGUUGAUAUAACUAGGUUGGUGCUUAGUCUGGAUAAAGUGUUAAAAACAAACCCCCAGUGUGCAGUGGUCAUUGUCUUACUCCUAGUGAACCGAACCUGUCCACAUGCCGCCAUCUUCAGCCGUAAUGUUGCCGUUUUAAUA